GUCCGUUCCACAUUAUAUUGGAGUCAAAAAGGACAAAGAAAACGGCAGGAGUUGUUCAAGAAAAUCAUCAGCAAAUGUCACUCUCACCAUCGUCGUCGUCAUCGCUGCUGCUAAUAUACUAUCCAUCCCAUAGGUAACGGUUGUUGAGCAGAAAAAUAACGGUGGUUCGGUGAACCAUGUCUAUUUCUUUGUUCUAGUUUUGGUUCUGGUGGCAAAGAUGGUUACUUUAUUCUGAGUAGACUUCAACCUCAAAAGUCAAGUGCAGAGCAUUAAUAGCAGGAAAUGGGGUUGCUGACAAACAGGGUCGAGAGAAGUGAGAUCAAACCCGGGGAUCAUAUAUACACUUAUAGGGCCCUUUUUGCUUACUCCCACCACGGCAUUUAUGUUGGUGGAAGCAAAGUUGUUCAUUUUACCCGCAUUGAGAAUUCUUCUGAUACUGCUGAUGAUGAAGAAGUGUUGAAUCUUUCUUCAUCCAUAUCCUGCCCAACCUUUCCGGAUUGUGGAUUUAGGCAACCCAGUAGUGGAGUAGUACUUUCUUGUCUGGACUGCUUCCUCAAGAAUGGCUCUCUCUACUGCUUUGAGUAUGGAGUGACACCUUCAGUUUUUCUUGCCAAAGUUCGAGGGGGCACUUGCACCACUGCAGCAUCAGACUCCCCUGAGACAGUCAUACACCGAGCAAUGCAUCUUCUCCAAAAUGGAUUUGGGAAUUAUGAUGUAUUCCAGAACAACUGUGAAGACUUUGCCUUGUACUGCAAAACAGGCCUUCUUACACUAGAUAGGUUGGGAGCUGGAAGGAGUGGGCAGGCAUCUUCAGUGAUUGGUGCCCCUUUAGCAGCACUUAUCUCUUCUCCUCUCAAGUUACUAAUUCCCAGUCCUGUUGGUGUGGCCACAGUAACAGCGGGGAUGUACUGCAUGAGCCGUUAUGCUACCGAUAUUGGCGUUCGUACAGAUGUUAUCAAGGUAGCAGUUGAGGACCUGGCUAUGAACCUUGGCUUGGGAAGCAGUAAUGAGGGAGCGGUGGUGGUAGCUCAGCCUCAGGCAUCUAACCGGCAAGUUGCUGGGUGAUAUCGCAAUAAUCAGUGAUCGAGUUGUUCAACAAAUAAUAUCUCUGGUUUGCCAUUGUCCUAUCAUUCUCUUCGUUUUUAGUCUGGCCUAAACUUGUUAUUUGGUUAUUAGUGUAUCCCAGUGACAUUAUAAAUAGACAGAAUUAAGGUGUUGGCUUUGAUUUAUUAUCCUACUUUUGAUGUCAAUCUGUUGCAAAUGUUUUCAAGAGAGUUGAUGAAUCUUGGUGAGAGUAAAAGUGAAAUUACUCCAUUUAUUUGUAUUCUAGUUGUUACAUGACUUUAUUAUUA